CAAAAACACAACAAUCAGUGGCUCCACCACACUUGCUCUUGUUCAAUCACUCCGAAAAGGAAACAUAAGCUCCAGCUUGACUUCACCAUUCCUCAGAAACAGGAACAUCGCCAAGAUGCCAUCCAAGAAGCUUGACACUGUUGCUGAAGGUGUUGCUGACACCGCCGGUUCCGGCAUGCGCGCCGAUGAUGUCCUGUUCUUGAUCGAUUGCCUCCAUAACAAUACGGGUGGCCAAGUCCAGAUCGAUUGCAGCGCGGUUGCCAAGAAGCGCAACAUGGCCAACCCCAGGUCCGUUGCAAACCGCAUCGCUAUCAUGAAGAAGAAGUACGGCUUGCCCCUCGCCGCCAGCACAGCCAAAGUUGCUGCUAAAACCAGCGAUGUCGUCGACGGCAACAACGAUCUCGCCAUUGGCACCCAAGCUUCCCCUGUCAAGCGUACCGCCAAGAAGAACGCAGCUCGCAAAGCCCAAUACAAGAUUGCCAAGCGUGAGGAAACCCGCGCCCAGAGUCUUUCCGACAACAAUGUCGACAAGGACCAUCAGUCGGCCAUGGACACCGAUGAAAUGGAGAAGGUGGUCUUUGGGAACCCCGAUGAUGAUGAGGAGAAUGAUGACCACCAAGAUGGCAUGGAAGCUAUGGUCAACGGCAACCACGACAUUGUCUGAUCUUUUCAAUCGCCUCUUGGCCAGCGGCCUGGGCAUUAACUUCCAACUUUCGAGUUAAGAG